AUGGGCCUUCCCAUCAAGCUAGGCGUCCCCAAGGUCCCGGAAGAUGAACCUUCGCACGCACAACCCGCCCAGCCUACCAAUGAACACAGCCGGCAGCAUGCAGGACAAGCCACCGGAGCUGGCGUGAACACGGGAGCCGGCACGACCCGUCCCAAGACGGACGCCGAGCUCGAGGCCGACCGGCUUUACGACGAAGCAAUGGAGGAGGAAUAUGCCAAGAGAGAUGGCGGUUCAUAG